AUGACAGACAACGAUGAAAUACUUUCAAUGUUCUUCGACAGUUCGUUUUCUCCAACAGAAUACGUCGAUGCCUUCUUACAGUCCAUUUUGGGUAAACAACCAUCGAAUCAGUUUCACAGAAAGAGUUUAAAUGAAUCAUCAAGUAAAUGUUCAAACUUAAUAACACGUAUUGAUUACUACACAGAUGAACUAACUGAAGAUUUGAAUCAUAACCUAGAGGCGCUCCAGAAAUCGAAUUUAGCGGUGUUAAAUGACGACUCUAACAAAGAAAUAACUAGAAUGCAUUACUAUACCAACAUAUUGAAUAAUUCAAUUACAUCGCUACAGUCAGAUUUGAUUUCGGUGAAUAAUAAGCUUUCAAAUGAUAAUGAUGAGUCCAUAAACAAUCUCACUAAAUUAAAGAGUGUAAGGAAAAGUUUAAUCGACGUUUUAGGGAUUUUUGAUCUAGUCAAUAGUAUAGUACCUGCUUCUGAAAAUUAUGAUAUUAAAAUCGAAACGUUCCAAAAUGCAUUAAAUAAACUAUUGAAUGAUAUACAAGAAGAUUCAAGUAAAGAGUUAUCUAAGUAUGUUGACGAUUUGAUAAAUCUUUUACCUUUGUUCAAGAAUAUGACUCACUUUUAUCCAAUUUAUAGAAAAUUCAUCACUACGUUACAGGAGGAUUACAAACAUUGA